CCUCCCUCCCUCCCUUCCAGCGCCAUGUCUCCGAAGCCGCCCCUGCUCCAGUGCUGGGGGCUAAUUCUGUCGCUGCUGGGCUGGCUGGGCGGGCUGGUCUGCUGCUCGUUGCCCUGGUGGAAGGAGAUCCUGUUCAGGGGGUCCGGCCUGCUGCUGAGGCACCGCUCGGUGGAAGGACUGUGGAUAACAUGCUCCCUGCCCGGGAAGGGCAAAGCAAACUGCCGACUUCACUCCGUCCCCGACGCCGACCUGCCGCUCGAUGUCAGAGCUUCCAGGGCGUUGACUCUGGCCUGCCUGGUCUCCGGGCUGCUGGGUCUUGUCCUCCAGAUCCUGGGCUCUCGCUGGUGUUCCUGUGUCUCGGGGAAUGGGACGAAGCGGCGGCUGGCGGCGGGCGGGAGCUGCCUCUGCGCCUUGGCCGGCUUGGCCUUACUCCUCGCCGUCUCCUGGCCGGCCUUUAUCCUGGCCACCGAGUUCGACCACCCGAUGAUCACCGAGUCCUUGGACGUGUCGCUGGGGGCUUGCAUCUACCUGGGAUGGGCGGCCGGGGGUGCCCUGCUGCUUGGGGGCGGCGCGGUGCUGGUGGGGAG